UGUUGACUUCCGGUAACUUUUGGCCGGUGUGCAGUUUGAUUUUGUGACGAUACUUGAUACAGUUGUUGUUAAACUCGAAGUUGUAACUGUAACCUCGCACUAGUGAUUCGAAGAUGCUACCUUUAUCGCUGCUGAGGACAGCGCAGAAUCACCCCAUGCUGGUAGAGCUUAAAAAUGGGGAAACCUACAACGGACACCUGGUCAACUGCGAUAACUGGAUGAAUAUAAAUCUCAGAGAGGUUAUCUGCACAUCUAGGGAUGGUGACAAAUUCUGGCGCAUGCCGGAGUGCUACAUCCGUGGCAGCACCAUCAAAUACCUGCGCAUCCCCGACGAAGUCAUCGACAUGGUCAAGGAAGAGGUGCAGAUGAAAAGCAGAGGCCGCGGAGACGGUGGGAAACGUGGUGGUGGUCCUGGCGGUCGUGGAGGACGGGGAGCUCCAAGAGGCGGGACCUUUGGUGGCCGUGGUGGCGGAAGAGGCGGACCGGGCCGCGGAGGUCAAGGACGAGGUGGAAGAGGAAGGCCUAAUUAACGUUCUCAUCGCGAUGCAGCAAAGGUGUACAUGAAAGCUUGCGGAGUCUUGCGUGCAGCCACCAUUUUGUAAAUAAACGCCUCAUUUCAUA